AUGAUUGUCUCAUCUUCGCUACGAUGUAUAGUGAAAAAUAUCAAAUUCAGCACGAGAAAUGAUACCAGAGGAUAUGCCCAUACGUUUCUAAAAGGCAGAUCACCUCUUAGUCCAAGCAAGAAUACCAUUCAUCCCCGCAAACCUGUCAGAACAAGAUUUGCGCCAUCUCCAACGGGACUGCUACACUUAGGUUCUCUUCGAACUGCACUUUACAACUUCCUACUAGCCAAACAAACAAAGGGACAAUUCGUGCUCCGAUUGGAGGACACAGAUCAAACUAGAGUAGUUCCUGGCGCAGAAGAGAACGUCUACGAGGCUUUGAAAUGGGCGGGAAUUGAUGCGGACGAGUCUCCUGUUGUUGGCGGACCGUAUGGUCCAUAUAAGCAGUCUGAAAGAGCGGCUAUUUACAAGGAGUACGUGGAUAUUUUGCUCAGUAAGGGCCUAGCAUACAAGUGCUACUGUUCAAAAGACCGCUUGAUCAGCCUUCGAGAAUCUGCGCACAAACUUCAGCCACCAACUACCGUGACCUAUGACCGUAAAUGUCUUCACGACCAAUCACAAGGGCUCGAAAGUUCCGAUUACGUGGUGAGAUUCAAGUCACCGGACGUUUAUCCAAUCACUGAGGAUCUUAAGCGCGGUAAGCUAGACAUUCAACCGCAAUACAACCAACAAGAUCGUAGAUUCGAUGACUUCGUCAUCAUGAAGCUGGAUGGCUUGCCAACUUAUCACUUUGCCAAUGUCAUUGAUGACCAUCUCAUGAAGAUAGACUACGUAAUCCGAGGCGAGGAAUGGCUUACAUCUACCCCCAAGCACUUAGCUUUAUACCAGGCGUUUGGAUGGGAGCCUCCAAAGUUCGUGCAUGUGCCUCUUUUGACCAGUUUGGAUGAGAAAAAGCUUUCGAAAAGACACGGCGACGUUGGUGUGUUUGCCUUUAGAGAUAAAGGAGUAGUGCCUCAAGCACUUGUCAACUUCGUUGCGUUGUUUGGCUGGUCUCCUAAAAGAGCCACGAACAAGGCCAUGAAAGAGGUCUUGACCCUACCUGAAAUGAUAGAGAGAUUCAGACUUGACGAUAUGACAAAGGGUAACACGAAGGUGAGUGACUCAAAGCUCUGGUUUUUCAACAGAUCACACCUCCGGUCUUUUCCUGUACUGUCAAGUCAAUUGCAAGAAUUGACAGAAUUGACUUUUGAUGAUUUUGCAGAGCAGGUCAGUGGAUCAUUUGACAAAGACUACUACAAAAAAUGUCUUGCUGCUACCUUCGGUCAUAUAGACAAACCCUCUGAUGUUGUAAAAGAGCACCCUUACUUUUUUGAGGAUGUCGAUUACAGUGGAAUUGACGUCUCGCAAAAUCAAUAUAUGUUGAAAAUUCUCGAGGCCGCCAGAAAUGAACUUAUUCUAGAAAGAAAACCAGCAAGUGUUCCAGCAUUGAAAGAACUCCUACCUGGUCAAUCUGCUAAAGAAAUUAAUGAGAGUUUACGAUUCGCACUCACUGGCCCAGUCCACGGCGUUAAGAUUCAUGAUAUUGUGGAGAUCAUUGGCAAUGAAAAGUAUUUACAACGGUUGGAAAAUGCUAUUGGAUAUCUUGAAAGUCACAAAGGUAAAUAG